GUAUUUUUUACACAAAACCAAAGCAAUUCAAACGCAAUCAGAAUCAGAUGAAGGAAGAACAUCGAAGAUUAUGGUCACAUUCUGUUCCAGAACAUAUUUUCCAAUCAACUCCAACAGAAGAGCGAAAAAGACAAGAAUGCAUCUAUGAGCUUAUAUAUACGGAACAAGACUUUGUACGAGAUCUUCAGUACCUUCACGAUUUUUGGGUUGAACCAUUGCUCACGAAGGAAAUAAUAAAUCCAGCUAGACGUGAAAAGUUCGUUAAAGACAUAUUUCAUAAUAUUGCCGACAUUCGAUCUGUUAAUUCAGAUCUUGCGAAGGCAUUAGAAAUACGUCAAGCUGAGCAAUAUGUGGUUCCGUUCAUAGGCGAUGUUAUGCUGCAACAUAUUCGCGCCUUUGAGCCAUUCGUUGAGUACGGCGCCCAUCAAAUAAGAGGAAAAUAUUACUAUGAGCUUGAGAAGAAAAGAAAUCCUGUAUUUGCGAAAUUUGUUGAGGAGACAGAGAGAAGGCCUCAAUCGCGCAGGUUAGAAUUGAAUGGCUACCUUACAAAACCAACAACUCGUUUGGGGCGAUACAACCUCUUGUUAAGAGAAAUUCUGAAGAGAACACCAGAAGGAAAUUCAGAUAGAACUUUUAUACCAGAAACUAUGAAAAUCAUUACAAGCUAUCUAGAGCGCGUUAAUGCGGAGACGGGCAAAAGUGAAAAUCUUUUCAAUUUGCAACAGUUGAAAGAAAAGCUUGAGUUCAAGUCACCCUUAGACUACAUUAAUUUGGAGUUAGAGCAGCCCCAACGGCAAAUGCUUAUGAAAGGAAGGAUGAAAAAAAAAGGCAAUUCGUCUUCAGGCUCUACAGAAAUGCAAGUAUUUCUUUUAGACCAUUAUUUGGUUAUCACUAAGGUGAAAUCCGAAAUCAACUCUGAAAAAUAUAGAGUUUAUAAAAAACCAAUUCCUUUGCAAUUAUUGACUGUAACCGCCUCAGCGCAUCAUGUCCGACCCAAGCGUCAGAGUUCCGUUUUACCUUACAACAAAUCCAGUAACAUAGCAUCACUUAACAGUGUUUCUGCGAAACCGCUAGCACCUGAAGCAUACUCAACCAUCCAUAAAUCGAGUCAAUUUCCCCUUUCCUUCUUUCAUCACGGUCGAAAAGGGUCAUCAUCAUCUAUAACACUGUAUACAGGCGCAAUCUCUAUGCAACAAACUUGGUUAAGAAAAAUCAUGGACCAGCAAGAACACCUAUCUAAAAAUCGUGCUGUCUUUUCGAUGAAACCACUAAUGACGAAAUUCUUCAGGCCAACAAACAGAGUCAACAGUACAUACACUUUUAGAGACGGUGAGAAGAAAGAACAACUACUUAUUGGAGCAGAACAUGGUGUCUAUUUAUCAUAUUAUGAUGCAGUGACAGAAAGCUAUGGUAUCACGCGUAUUAUUGCUAUUGAACGGGUCACUCAAGUAGAACUUUUACCAGACUGUUCACAAUUACUAGUCCUGGCAGACAAAACAUUGUGGGCAUUUCCUUCGGAUGUUCUUUCAUCAACGUCAAUACCGCAAAUACGGAAAGGAAGAGUGAUCAGUCCAAACACUUCGUUUUUUUAUAUCGGCGAGUGCUUAGGCAAAACACUGCUAUGCGUGGUUAAAUCCAAUGCACUUUCAGCAACAAUUAUUCGCGUGCUAGAACCUGUCAGUAUUGACGAAAAUAAACGUUCUAAAUCCUUGUUCAAACUGAAGCAGCUGGUGAAGAGUAGGUCCGUUGGGCUGAAAGCGUAUAAAGACCUCUACUUACCGAGCGAAGCGUCCUCUAUUACCUUGCUGAAAUCUAAAAUGUGCAUUACUUCUCCUAUGGAAAUUGGUGUGGUUGAUAUGAAAACAUUUGGCGUGCAAGCUUUGCUCGACCCCGAAGAUGAAGAGCUGGCGUUUGCUUUCAAUAGGCAGGAUGUUCGACCAAUGACAAUUUACAGAAUUCAAUUCGCAGAAUAUCUCGUUUGCUAUAAUGAAUUUGCUUUCUUAGUUGAUCAAAGAGGCCGUUUCAUUCGUUCCAGUAAUCGAAUUGACUGGGAAGGUACGCCUGAUUCCUUUGCCUUGUGUCAUCCGUACAUUCUUGCAUUUGAACCUGACUUUAUUGAAAUCAGAAAUAUUCAUACAGGCGAACUUGCGCAAAUUAUAAGAGGACAGAACAUUUGUUGUACCAGUACCAAUACCCAACAUACCACAGUACACGUUGCAAUGGAUGAUCCCGAAAAUGAAGGCUAUCAAGUUAUAUUCCAAUUAGAGCAAAAUGAUACCUUGGAAAUCCCCGCUUGUAUAUUUCCUAAAUAAAGAUGAUACGUAUACCAUUAAACUCUCCUGUACAAUACCUGAAAGUAAAGUUUGCCGAACUAUUUGCUCGCAAUAAUAAGACUUUCAUAGGGGCUUGGAAAACCAUACGAUUAAUAUCAAGAUCCUUGAAG